AUGGCCAUAGCAGCUCCUGCAAUUUUCCAUCCAUCAUUCUUCAUCUUGAUCUUCAAUAUCAUCAUAAAUUUUUCUAUGAUAUAUUCCUUGUCAGAAACAGAAGCUUUAUUAAAUCUAAAAAACUCAUUCUCAAAUGCUAAUGCUCUAAAUAGUUGGUUUGCCAACACUUUACCUUGUACCGAAGACGAUCAAUGGGAAGGCGUUGUUUGUUACAACGGUCUUGUAACCGGUCUGCGCCUUGAAGGAAUGGGAUUAUUCGGCAAAAUUGAUGUUGAUGCAUUGCUUGAACUUAAGGGUUUAAGAACUAUUAGUUUCAUGAACAAUUCUUUCACUGGUUCGAUACCAGAAUUGAAUCGAAUCGGUUUCUUGAAAGCGAUGUUUUUGUCGGGAAAUAAAUUUUCAGGACAUAUUCCUAAGGAAUAUUUUCAAAGAAUGAAAUCAUUGAAGAAAGUUUGGUUAUCUAAUAAUGAAUUUACAGGUGAUAUUCCAUCAUCAUUGGCUGAGAUUCCUCAACUUGUUGAAUUACAUCUUGAAAAAAAUCAGUUUAGUGGUAAUAUUCCAAAUUUGAAUAAUCCUUCAUUGAUGAUUUUUGAUGUUUCAAAUAAUAAUUUGGAAGGUGAAGUUCCUCAAGGUUUGUUGAGAUUCAAUGGAAAUUCUUUUUUAGGAAAUUCUGGUUUAUGUGGCGAAAAAAUGGGCAAAAUAUGUGGACAACAACCAGUGCAACAAACAAAUCCUAUUCCUAUUGAUGCAAAUAAUAUUAGUAAUACAUCAGUUACCAACAAUACAGUGCAACAAACAAAUCCUAUUCCAAGUAAUGUUAUUGUGACUGUGCCUGAUAACAGUAAGCAUAAGUCAUUGCAGAUUAUUGAAAAUAUUAAUGACAGUGGUAGUUUUGAAGUUCAAGUAAGUAGUAGUAAUAGUAUUACUAGUAGUACUAAUCAAGAGAAAAGAGAUAUGAAUUUUAUGAAAAAAUCAUGUAGUAAAAGAGGUUCAUCUAAGGGUAGUCAAGGGAUUGGUGAGCUUGUGAUGAUGAAUAAUGAGAAGGGUGUGUUUGGUUUACCUGAUUUGAUGAAAGCUUCUGCUGAAGUUCUUGGAAAUGGAGGGUUUGGAUCAUCUUAUAAAGCUGUGAUGGCUAAUGGUGUUGCUGUGGUUGUGAAAAGAACUAGAGAAUUGAAUGCUUUGGGAAAAGAUGGUUUUGAUGCUGAGAUGAAAAAGCUUGGAAGGUUAAAACAUUGGAAUGUUUUGACACCUUUAGCUUAUCAUUACAGAAAAGAUGAGAAAUUAGUUAUCUCUGAGUAUGUUCCUAGAGGAAGUCUACUCUACUUGCUGCAUGGUGAUAGAGGACCAUCACAUGCAGAACUAGAUUGGAACACACGUUUAAAGAUAGUACAAGGAAUUGCAAAAGGAAUGCAUUAUCUUCACACAGAAUAUCCUUCAUCUGAUCUACCACAUGGAAACUUAAAAUCAAGCAAUGUUUUACUUGGACCAGAUUAUGAACCAUUACUCAUAGAUUAUGGUUUCAUCCAUCUAGUUAACCCUUCAAGUUUUACAAAUACAUUACUUGCUUUUAAAGCACCAGAAGCAUUACAACACAACCAAAUUUCGCCUCGUUGUGACGUAUACUGUCUCGGUGUAGUCAUACUCGAAAUACUAACCGGAAAAUUUCCUUCUCAAUAUCUUAGCAACGGUAAAGGCGGAACCGAUGUAGUACAAUGGGUAGCAUCAGCAAUUUCUGAAGGAAGAGAAGUUGAACUACUUGAUCCUGAAAUUGCAAGUAAUAAAAAUCCAUUAAGUGAAAUGAAACAACUUGUUCAUAUUGGUGCUGCUUGUACUGAAAGUAAUCCUCAAAACAGAUUAGAUAUGAUGGAAGCGGUUAGAAGAAUAGAAGAGAUUAAAACAAAUGGUGUUGAUCAAGUUCAAGAAUUAAGAACAAUAGAGGUUUUACCUGGUUUUGUUGAUUCUUCUCAAGCAUGUGAUAAUCAAGGGCAUGUUGUUGAUCAAUCAAAUAAGAGACAUGGAACAAGUAGUUUUGGUAGUAAGGAUAAUUUUGAAUUUGGCAUCUCCUAA